CAGUUCUUGGCUUUUAGUCGUUGGUUAGGGCACUCAGCAAGAUGAGUUCCUUGAAGACUUUUGCCAUUUUGUUGGCCUUGUUUGCCUCUUAUAUCACGCAAUCCGAGGCUGUUUGUGGCUAUGAGUCAUGUCCCGAAACAAAGGCCAAUAUGAUCAAUAUUCAUUUGGUGCCCCACUCGCAUGAUGACUUGGGUUGGCUGAAAACGGUGGAUCAGUACUAUUAUGGCAAUAAGCACAACAUUCAACACGCUGGAGUGCAGUACAUAUUUGAUACCGUUGUCGCCGAGCUGAGCAAAGACUCCCGGCGCCGCUUCAUCCAGGUGGAGACCGGCUUCUUUGCCAAGUGGUGGGAGGACCAGUCGGCAGCCAAGAAGCAGCUGGUCAGGACUUUGGUGAACGAGGGUCGUCUGGAAUUCACGGGUGGCGCCUGGAGCAUGAACGAUGAAGCUGCCGUGAACUACCAGAGUGUAAUUGACCAGUUCGCCGUUGGCUUAAAAUUCCUGAAUGACAACUUCGGGGCUUGUGGUCGCCCUCGUGUCGGCUGGCAGAUCGAUGCCUUUGGGCAUUCUAGGGAGCAGGCAUCCAUGUUUGCCCAAAUGGCUUUCGAUGGCCAGUUCUUUGCGCGCAUGGAUCAGAAUGACAAGAACAAACGAGUGGAUAACCUGGGCCUUGAAAUGGUCUGGGAUGCCAGCGAGACCCUGGAGCAAAUGGACUUCUUCACCGGCAUGCUCUACAAUCACUACUCUGCUCCGCCUGGCUUUUGCUUUGACUCCCUCUGCCAAGAUGAUCCCAUAAUUGAUGGCAAGAGCUACGACAACAACGUCAAGUCCAAGGUGGACGAUUUCCUCAACUAUGCUUCCAAUUUGGCUGGGUACUAUCGCUCUAGUCACAUAAUGGUGCCCAUGGGUGACGACUUUCAAUAUGAAAAUGCCUACAUGAACUACAAGAACAUGGACAAGCUGAUCAAAUAUGUCAAUGAGCGUCAAGUCAGUGGCUCCAAGUACAAUGUGUUCUACUCAACCGCUGGAUGCUAUCUGAACUCCCUGCACAAGAGCCUCCAAAGCUGGCCAAACAAGACCCAGGACUUCCUGCCCCAUUCCCAUGAGGCCAAGAGCUUCUGGACAGGAUUCUUCACCUCUCGCCCCACCCAGAAGCGAUUUGAGCGCGAUGGCAACCAUAUCCUCCAGGUGGCCAAGCAACUGAGUGUCCUUGCUGAUCUCUCAGGUGCAGAGCACAACAAGGACUUGGACUAUCUGCGCCAGAUCAUGGGUGUGAUGCAGCACCACGAUGCCAUCACAGGCACCGAGAAACAGGAAGUGUCCAAUGACUACGAUCGCCUCCUGUAUGAUGCCAUCUUGGGAGGCGCCAACACAGCCCGCGAUGCUCUUCGCGUGCUCACCAAUCAGCCAAAUGGGGAGUUCGAAAGCUGUCUGAAACUGAAUAUAAGCGAGUGCGCCUUCAGCAAGGAAAAUGCUGAUGACUUCGUGGUUACCCUGUACAAUCCACUGGCUCACACGUCGGUGCAGUACGUGCGAGUGCCUGUCCAGGAGAAAAACUACCAGGUUACCGACGAGAAGGGUCGAGUGGUGGCUUCUGAGCUGUUCCCAGUGCCCUGGCAAGUCCUGGCUCUGGAAUUCCGCAACAACGGCACGCAGCAUGAGCUGGUUUUCAAGGCAUCCGUCAAUAAGAUCGCUACGUACUUUAUCAAAAAGAUUGAUAAGACUAUAGCAACCCCUCAAACUAAACAGUUCCCGACUGAGAGAGAAUCUAACGUGAAUGUUCCUAAGCGUUUCAAGAAGGUUCACUCCUCGAAAACCGAUUUGGAAGCCCUUGAUGAUCAAGAGACAAUUGUGCGAAAUUCGCUUAUAAAACUAGUGAUCGACAACAAAACAGGGCGCUUGAAGACCGUCGAAAUGAACGGAGUUUCCGAAGACAUUGAGCAGACUUUUGGAAUGUACAAGACUGCCCGGUCUUGUCAUUACAUAUUCCGCCAGGAUGCAGACUUGGAACUGCUGGAAGAUGCUUUUGCCUUCACUGUUUACGAGGGUGAGUCCGUCAAGGAAGUCCACCAGCACGUAAGCGAGUGGAUCUCGCAAGUGAUCCGCAUCUACGAGGGAGUCAAUCGAGUGGAGUUCGAGUGGCUGGUGGGCCCUGUUCCAAUUGACGAUGAGCUGGGCAAGGAGAUCGUCACCGUCUUCAGAAGUGGAAUCUCCUCCGGUGGCGUCUUCUACACCGACUCAAAUGGCCGUGAAAUGAUGCGGCGAGAAAAGGACAAGCGGGAGGACUUUAGUCCCGAUUUGAGUGAGCAGCCCGUGAGCGGGAACUACUAUCCAGUCACAUCCAGGAUGGCUCUGCAGGAUGGCAGCAAGCGAAUGGUCCUGCUCAAUGACCGUUCCCAGGGAGGCGCCAGCUUGGAGGACGGGCGUUUGGAGAUGAUGCUGCAUCGUCGUCACAUUUUCGCCGACGGCUCUGGAGCUGCCGAAGCCAUCAAUGAACAACAGUUCGGAAAGGGCCUGAUUGCCCGUGGCAAGCUGUUCCUUUACCUCGACGCUGUCGCGGACGGAGCCACUGCAUCCGAACGAGUGGCCGAGAAGGAGAUUCAUCUGCCCUUCUGGAAGUUCUUCAGCAAAUCUAGUAACAUCCAAAGCGGUGUAACUAAGUCGUUGCCCGAUUUUAAUGACUUGCCCCAGUCUGUUCAUCUGCUCACCCUAGAACCCUAUUCCAAGGACGAGGUCCUGCUGCGCUUCGAGAACUUUUUGGAUCACACUGAGGGCAAUGUGGUUAGCUUCAGCAUUCGGGAAAUUUUCGAUGACCUCGGUGGACUGGAGAUUCGUGAAAUGACCUUGGACGGCAACCUGCCACUAAGCGACAUGAAGCGUCUAAAGUUCCACCACGAUGGUUCUGGUCCUGCUCCCUCAAAACCGGAGUAUUUCACCAGUUUGCACAAGCCCUUGGCAGCUGAUAAAUCUCAGAAUGCCUCGGAGUUCAGUGUUACUUUGAAACCCAUGCAAAUCCGCACUUUCAUCAUUAAGAAGAAACAGGGAAAAUAAAUGCAGGGAAAUGAAAUGAAAUUAUUCGAGAGUACUUAAACGAAUAUAGUAAUGAAUGAUAUUAAUAACACUUUCAUGUUUUUCGUCCUAUUGUAAUGCUCCCCAAAUAGACGAGCCGCAAUGAUAAUUA